CGCCUGCCUGCUCAUUUCCUUCCUAUAAAUACUUGACUCAGGUCGAGGAAAUUGCUCUAGCUGUUUUCACAGACUGUCGGCCCGCCUUGAAAAAAUUAUCAGUGCAACACACACCCUGGUCGCUGUGUCCUCUCCGGUCUUUAAUUUGCUUUAAAGCAGCAAUGAAGGAAAUACUUGCACUACUGGUUCUGCUGUUUGUCCGAACCACCACGCCCUAUGGACCGGACUCAGAUGGAAGGUGUCGCAACAAGACAACAGAGUACCUGGUUAAUAAUCGAUGCUGCAAGAAAUGCCCCCCUGGACAGCGACUGUCUCAGGAAUGCUCUGACACCACUGAGAGUGUGUGUAAACAGUGUGACCCAAACCAGUACAUGGAGAAAUGGAACUACGCACAAAACUGCUUACCCUGUCGCAUAUGCAGAUCAGAUAAAGGUCUGCAAUAUGUCCAAAACUGCUCCUCAACCACACGGGCCGGCUGUGUGUGCAAGCCUGGGAUGUACUGCAACGUGGAAUUUGAUGACCCUUACUGUGCAGAAUGUCUGAAGUACAGUCCAUGUAUAGCUGGUUUUGGAGUGUCCGUGCCAGGGACGGCGUACUCAGAUGUGAGUUGUAAACGGUGUCCUACUGGGACGUUCUCCGACACCAGAUCCUUCACGGACCCCUGUCGGCCUCACACCGACUGUCAGGGGAAGGCUGUUGUUACACAAGGCAACACUGUGUCCGACACCCUGUGUGAAGAAGGGGUUGUUCAUUCCAACUUGCUUCAAGACACAACCAAAGGGUAUCAGCCUGGCACUUUGUUUUCGACUGCAGGUACAAUAAGGAGCACAGUCUUGGCGAUCUCAGACGCCACACUGUCCGUCAGUGCAACUGUUUCAAAUGAAGUAUUCAACCAUUCAACGACUAGCCUACCACCAUACAGACCACCUGGAAUUUCACUGGCUGCCAUCGUUUCCGGAGUCAUUGGAAUCCUUUUGCUUUUCAUUAUAAUUAUUCUGGUAUUCCUUUGUAAAGCAGUCAGGUGCAAAGAUGCUGAAAAAUUUCACCCGAAAGUAGAUGCCAAUGGCAACUGUGAGAGAGAUAAAGAGAUCACUCAGAGUGAUUUGGAGGAAACGCAGCUGAUGUGUUUCACAGUUACGUGUCCAGAACAACAGUCUCUACUUGACAAAGCGGGAGCCUGCAGUGACUACAGUCAGUCCAGCAACUGCACCGACACCUUAACCGGAACAGACGGCGGUGGCAGCUACGACUCCAUCGGCCCUUUGCAGUCUACGUUAGCUUUAAACAAUUCAUAUCCUGCUGUGUCAAAGCCCCUGACUUUAAUUUCCAACACAGAGCCUGUCACACCUCAGCCCAGUGUGCCCUCAGAGUCCUCCUCUCAGCCUACCAGCCCCCAGAUCAUCAGCCCCCUGAGCGCCAAUCCCCAAUUCAACGUCAACAUCACUUUCCACAUUGGGAACGGGUCUUGCGGGACACCGUCCGUCAUGCCCACACACCUAACCGAAUCAGACAGUCACCUCCCCUUUGGAGAGGAGGAGGAGUCCUUUAGCAUUCCACAACAAGAAGAUGGCAAACACCCGCUGAGGCCAGUGCAGGCCAGUGCAAGUUAAUGUGUUUGAAUGAAAUGCUUUGUUGUUAACAUUAAAUACAACCUGUAGGACUGUAUGUUCUCAUCAGGACAAGAUGAUGUGUGUCCAUAUCAAAAACAUAAUGCUGUCACUGAUAUGUAUAUAUGUAUAUACAGAAUACUGUAAAUAAAGUUGUGAGUAUUGCCUCUCCAUUUGUGGCAUAGCCUAAGUACAAGUAAUUGCACAUGAAAAAGGAUGACAAUUUUGCCAUAUCACUUUGAGUAGGGUAAAAUCUAUAUUUUCAUAUUUUAACAAUAGUAUUUUAUCAUGAUUAGAUUCACAACUUGUGAAAUGUAAAAUAUACAGUAUGAUGCAAAAGCAAAAAGAUGCUUGAUUGAAAAUGAAGCUUUGUACAAUAAACUUACAAAACACCAA